AAGCAGGUUUUGCCAAUUACUUUAACGCUUUGGUUUAACGUCCCUAUGUUACCGGUCGUUAAAAACCCAAUAUGAGGCCGCGGCUGUUGGCGGCGCUUUGGACAGCGCUAAGCCUUUCCUUCCAAGCUGAUUCAUAUGAAUGCGACCCGCAUGAUCUGCCGCAGGCACCGACAGAGCUUCAGACGGGUGACAAGUGCGGUGGGUGGUGUGGCGCCCUUGGAGCGUGCGCUGAAGGACUGCAUUGCGAUAGAGGGCUAUUGCCUCUGGCGUUCAUGCCGUGGGGGUCUCCCUUGGACACUGCCUGUCGAAACCCCAAGGAGGACAACUUGUUGUGGACCCCGGGAACUACUUCGUGCACAAUGCCACAAUGGUUCGAUGUGUCGAGUGACCAAGACCUCGACGCCUUGUCCAUAGUCGUGCUAGGCGCAGUGGAGACGUCCCCUGUGUUCCGAAUCGACCCAUUCGUGCGUGUAUUGAGCGCAAAGAAGUGUCGCGAUCAUUACGUUAUCUUGAUUGAGCGCAUCGUGGAGCCGCCACAGCAGUAUGUGCUCACCGCAUCGUUGGACGGAAGCGCUCGGACAUGGCAACAAGUGACUGUGUAAUUGAAUUGUUCGCUCGUGUUGGUGGUUUGCAAAUUGCUGCUAUGAAUGGACCAAUCAACGUGCAGUAUCGUGAUCAAAUAACCAAUCCAAAUGCAG